AUGGAAAGUGAGAAGAAAGACGGGGCUGACAGUAAUCACAAGUCUUCUUCCAAGGUGGACGAGGCGACUGUGAAAGCCGUAGAGCGUUUCUUGAAACUUCAUUACCUGCGCUCUCGGAGCUAUGGAGUGGCCAUGGAGAUUCUGUACGGGCGCAACACGACAUCAGGUCAGAUAUUGCAAGAACUGUACUUUGACUUGACAGGUGAUGUCAACAGCGGAACCAUCACCCAAGCAGGUCUCGAGAACCUUUUAUCCAAGCUCAAGUUUGAGGAUAUUCUUCAAUACGUCGCCAUACCCAAGCUCAGCGUACAAGUAAACCGAGCCGGCGAGCGAUCAGGUAGUCGAAGAUCAGCCAAGCCAGACGGAGCUGGUAGACGGGACUUGUGCUACGUGUUUGAUCGUUUGCGCAAGAAGGGGGUCAAGACCAUCCUCAAGGUCUUUAUCGACGACUCAUCCAUGCCGGCGCAUAGUGAUGAGGCUAUCGAGGAUGCACUCAAGUCUAUGGACGUUGAGGUUUGGGAUUGGAACAAGACCGACUUGUGUACCGAGGUGAUUUACAAGGUUGCCCCGAAAGCACGCGAAGUACACCUCUACUGGAGUGGAAAUAAUGCUGUUCUAAGAGGAUGGAGUGAAGAGGGAGGUUUGAAGAAGUUGCGAAGUCUGAAGACGCAUGAGUGGAUUCAAUGCAUGAAAGAGUUCCGCAGACUUCUUUUCGAUGCCGAGAGGUACUACGAUCGUGGAAAGAUUGAGGAGAGCAUUGAAGAACCCAUCAAGAUUGCUUUGAUUGAUGAUGGCGUGGAUAUCAAGGAUCUCGAGUACUCGUUUAUCGGUGGGCGAACGUUUUGCAAGCGUGACCCUGAGCACAACUUGAACGAUCCUUAUUAUGUGUCUAGUACUGGACAUGGGACUAUCAUGGCAAAGCAGAUUCAUCUGCUGUGCCCUCGAGCACAGUUUUAUGUGUUGAGGCUGGAAGAUCAUCCUUCGGAUGAAUCAGCACGGCAGAUUACUGCAAAGAGCGCAGCACAGGCUAUCCUUGCGGCGGUGAGAAAAAAGGUGCACAUCAUCUCCAUGUCCUGGACCAUCGAUCCCCCUGAAGACGAAGAGGAAAGGCGAGCUCUUGAAUCCGCUAUCACAAAAGCAGCCAGCGCCGACAUUCUCAUGUUCUGCUCAGCUUCAGACCAAGGAGCCAAGCACGUUGCCACUUACCCGUCCAAGGCAACGCCCAAGAUCUUCACUAUCGGCGCGGCCACAGCUUCAGGGACCGUCGACAGUUGGGUUGGCAACAUUAACAACAUCAGCUUUACCUUCCCCGGCACCAAAGUCGAGCUUGACGGUGGACCUAUCGACACUGCUGUCAAAGAAGUUACAGGUUCUUCAGUAGCUACGGCUUUGGCAGCUGGUCUAGCGGCAUUAAUUCUCUACUGCGUUCAAGUGCGAAUCCUCCUCGCCACAGAUCCUGUAGAGAAACAAAAGGCCCGCAGAGACUUUCAGUCGCUUCAGAAGCACGAGAGCAUGAUGAGGGCGUUCAAGGAUAUCGGGACGACGGAGGAGAGUAAUCACAAGUUUAUUGCCGUGUGGGAAGUGUUUGGGAAGAGGGUCGAGGAGAAGGAGAGGGUUGACCAGGAGGAUUGGAUCAACUUGAUUGCCAAGGUUGGAACGACGCUUUGUAUGAAGGUUUAA